ACCAAGAUGCCAAGCCAUCAGAUGGUAUUUUAGCCACUUCCAUUGCUGUUCCAGUUGAUGCUAACUUGGCCAAUAUAGAGCAGCAAAAAGAGUUAUUGAAGGAUCAAACAACAAAUAUCACUCUUAAUAAUGAUAUAUUGCCCACACUAAGCGGGGAUUUAGUAAAAGAUUUAGAGGUAGAGGAGAAAAGUAGAGAGGAGGCUGGCAGGAAACCAGCAGAGGCUUUGGACAUUCAAACACAGACUGUGACUGUUUGUGAAUUGCCCAAGAAUGCUGAAAAUCAGCUGGACAAAGAGCCUCUUUUACUGGCAGAAGAAUUGGAAAGACAGAAGAAAGACUCAAAAUCAAAUGAAAAGCUUAACGACACAGCGGUGGAAAGCACUGACUCACAGGACAGUUGCAAAAAGGAGCUAAAGGGUAUAACUAUCGAGGAUGAAGCAGAAGAAAGAAAGAAAGAAAUUACAAAAACAAAGAAGCCAAAAGAAAUAUCAUCAAGGGAGAAAAGUUCACAGCCUGACUCGGAGGAGGGACCACUGACAGAAGUUACGGAAGCCCUGGAAGAGAUGAAGACAGAGCCAGAGCAAGCAAGAAGUGCACUCCAUGAAAAUACAGCCAGUGUGGUUGAUACAGAGCAGGAACAUAAGAUCAUCUUAAAAGAAAAAGCAAAUAGUGGUGAUAAGGAAACAGAUCAGCAGCUGAAGACACAAACUGUGAGAAAUGAACUGGAACCCAAAGUACUUCUUACCAAAGAUGAAGAGAUCAGGGAUAAGGAAGCAAAUCAGGGUGAAAAACACUCUGACGUUGAAAAGAAAAUUCCAACGCCAAAACUAAAAGCUUUAAGCACUAAAACUACUAGUACUAAAGAAAAGAGUAAAACAAAGGACUUACUGAUGAAGAACUUACCUAAUGCGAUUUCUAAUGACACUGUUGCCUCAGAAGUUAGGAGCCACAAGGAACAGAAAACUUUGAUUGCAAGAGACCAGGAUGAUAACAUUAAAAAGAGGAAAUCAGAGGAUAAUGCUCAUAGUUCAGCAGAAUCCAAAUGUCCAAAUGCUGACAUAGAACAGAAACCUGUGACAGAAAAAGCUCCAGAGAAGACAACCGAAAGCCAGGUUUUAGAGAUGGUAACACCUCAAGAUCUAAAAGCAGUAAGCAGUGAAACCCAGAGUGCUGAUUGUGCUAAAGAGGAGACUGAAACAAAGGAUUUAUCAGCAACUGCAAACACUCCCUAUGAAGUUAGCAACCAACAGGAUCAGAAGUCUGUAAUCGUUGGCACCAAAACUCAGAUUGCAGAAGGAGCUGAAGAGAAGACUGAAACAAAGGAUUCAUCAGUAAAGAGUUUGGUGAAUGAGGCUGCAAUUAUUAAUGUUAACAGUAAAGUUAGCAUCCAACAAGACCGGCCGACCAUAAUUGUCAAAGAUCAACAUGAGGACAUAAGCGAACAAGAUACAAGCAAAUCAAAAGACUCCAUACGUCCAAAAACUGGCCAAAAACUGGAACCAGAAAGAACAGAAGCUCCAGAGAAGAUCUCAGAAAGCCAAUUUCAAGAACCAAAGGUUGUGAGCACCAAAACACAGAGUGCAGAGGGAGCUAAAGAGAAGACUGAAACAAAGGAUUCAUCAGUAAAGAGUUCAGUGAAUGAGGCUGCAAUUAUUAAUGUUAACAGUAAAGUUAGCAUCCAACAAGACCAGCCAACCAUAAUUGUCAAAGAUCAACAUGAGGACAUAAGCGAACAAGAUACAAGCAAAUCAAAAGACUCCAUACGUCCAAAAACUGGCCAAAAACUGGAACCAGAAAGAACAGAAGCUCCAGAGAAGAUCUCAGAAAGCCAAUUUCAAGAACCAAAGGUUGUGAGCACCAAAACACAGAGUGCAGAGGGAGCUGAAGAGAAGACUGAAACAAAGGAUUCAUCAGUAAAGAGUUCAGUGAAUGAGGCUGCAAUUAUUAAUGUUAACAGUAAAGUUAGCAUCCAACAAGACCGGCCGACCAUAAUUGUCAAAGAUCAACAUGAGGACAUAAGCGAACAAGAUACAAGCAAAUCAAAAGACUCCAUACGUCCAAAAACUGGCCAAAAACUGGAACCAGAAAGAACAGAAGCUCCAGAGAAGAUCUCAGAAAGCCAAUUUCAAGAACCAAAGGUUGUGAGCACCAAAACACAGAGUGCAGAGGGAGCUAAAGAGAAGACUGAAACAAAGGAUUCAUCAGUUAAGAGCUUGGUGAAUGAGACAGCAAUGAAAACAGAAGCUCCAAAGAAGAUAUCAGAAAGCCAAGUUCAAGAACUGCAAGUUAUAGCCACCAACAGUCUGAGUGCUGAUGGAGCUAAAGAGAAGACUGAAACAAAGGAUCCACCAAUAAAGAGUCUGGUGAAUGAGAUUGUAAUUGAGAAUGCUAACUCUGAAGUUAGCACCCAAAAGGACCUGAAGCUCUCAAUCAGAGAUGAACAUGUGAAAACAGUGGAAAACACAGAUCAAUCCACAGAUUGCGAAGUCCCAAAUGCUAACCAAGUUGUUUUCACAACUGAAAAGGCAGCGAGUAAGGCUAAUAAGAAACAGAAGAAAAGAAAAGAAAUUAAAGAGGGCGUUGAUGUUGAAAACAAAUUGACAAAGGAGGAUCAGCCGAUGACGAAAUCAAAGGUAGAUGCCAGGCAAGAGUCAGAAUGCAUUUUUGUAAAAGAUGCAUCAAGCAAGAAAAGUGGUGGAGAACAAAAGAAGCCCACUCUUGUUCCAGAUAAAGCACUUAAUAGCACUGAUGAUCAGACGAAUGCUGAUGACACCAAAGAAAAAAACAAAACAGAUAGCAGUUUGAAACAGGAACUGACGGCUUUAAGAGAAGAGAAAAGCAGAAACCUCAGUGAACCACAAAAGCCUGCAAAGCCAACACUCAGUGGCAGAUUGUCUGUUUCUACGUCAGCUGAACAACCUGCAACAUCUAAAAGUCUUCAGCUGAAUAAGGACUCUCCAUCUAGCUGGUUAGAUGUGGAGCAUCAAAAACAGAAGAAGGAACAUAAAAGGAAAAAACUAAAAGCCUCAGUCAGUGAAGAUGAGGCUGUUGAGCCUGAUGACUUUGAUGAUUUCAUCAGGAGCAUUAAGGAGGGCAGCAUUCCCUUCACAAUACCACCAAAGAGGCAUAUUCGUAAUAAGUCCCUUUCUCCACCUUUUGCCAUGCCGGCCAUAAAGGAGGACCAUUUUGAGAAAACAUUUGAUCCAAAAGAAUUCCAGUUCGGCUUAAGAAAUUAUGACAAAUGUUUUAGGGAUCCUUCCCCAGCUAUGGUGAUUAAACAAAAAGCUGCUAAUAGGAGAGGACGGACCCUGGAAAAAAGCGCACAAGAUACUGCCAUGGACACUUCUAGAGACCAAAUGAAAUCACUUGAGGAGGUGGAAGGAAAGAAUGGAGUCAAUGAGGGGACAAAUACUGAGGGAGGCAAAGAAGAGGGAGAAAACAAUAGAGAAGAGCCUAGGAAGCUGACGUCAAGACUUGAAAGGAUGUCCAUCCUCUCCAGCUUACUGAGUUCCCCCCGGGGCUCCAGGAAAACAAAAGAGGAAGCUGCCUCCACCUCAAAGAGCACACUGUCUAACCAACAACAGGGCUCGCUCUCGCUUAGAAAGCAGGGAGUUGUUGAUUCACCUCUGCCUGCAGUUGAAGCAGAUAAGAAGGGUCUGAAGGGUGUAGCUCAAGGCCCACUUGUAGGUGGUGGUGUAAGUACAGUUAGUGAGUCAGCACUCAACCCCUCCUCUCCUCCUCCUCCUGCUCCUCUGCCACUCCCAGAGAUAAAGCUGCCUGAUCAUUUAGAGAAAUACCUCAAGAAGAACAAAUCCUUUUCUGAGACCUCCCAGGGCUCUACACAGAUGACUAAAACUAACCUGAGUCCCGAGGGUACUGUGAUGGACCAGGCCUCGGGUUUGGGAGUACCUAAUGUUGGCCUGAAGGGCCCUGAAGAACCACCUCCAACCCGAAACGACAGCCAGCAGACUUCUCGAAAUGGACUUACUACUUCUAAGACUAAGAUACCAGUAGUAAGAGGGUUCCACAAAAGGCCUGGAAAGAUGGUCAUUCACGAGCAUGCUCAGUUUGGAGGUCAGCCGUUUGAGCUCCAUUGUGAUUUAGAGGAUGCCACCACAAUGAAGCUGUCCCCUGUCAUCUCAGUCAGAGUAAUCAGAGGAUGCUGGCUCCUCUUUGAAAAACCAGGCUUCCAGGGUCGUAUCAUCGCCCUGGAGGAAGGUCCAACAGACCACAUAGUGAACAUGUGGGCAGAGGAGGGAACUCCAACGGCACUGGACCAGAUGGGUCAGCCUGUACCAACAGCACCUAUGGUCAUAGGUUCUGUUCGAUUGGCAGUUAGAGACUACAGCAUACCCAGAAUCGACCUGUUUGCAGAGGUCAAUGGGAUGGGGAGGAUGUCAUCGCACUGUGACGAGGCUGUAGAGAUUGGUUCCUACGGGAUUCCACAGACCACCGGCUCCAUCAAGGUUCAUUCAGGAGUCUGGCUGGUGUACACCGAUCCAGGGUUUGGGGGUUUUGUUGAAGUGCUGGAGGAGGGGGAGUACCCCUGCCCAGAGAACUGGGGUUUCCCUGAGCCCUUCAUCGGUUCUAUCAGACCCCUCCGAUUGGGACCAAUAAGGGUGGAGCAUCCUCACGAUUUCAAGGCCUUAGUGUUUGACAAACCCAACUUUGAAGGACAGUGCACAGAGGUGGACAGUGAUGUGUACAACUUUCAAGAAGAAGUGGAAGAGGAGCAAACAGGCAAACCAGACGAGAACAAGAAGACGGUGUCUACAGUGGGGUCUAUAAAGAUACUAGGUGGUCUCUGGGUGGGCUAUCAAGAGGCAGAUUUUGAAGGCCAGCAGUACAUCCUGGAGGAGGGGGAGUAUCCUCACUGCAGUGACUGGGGAGGGUCUGAGGAUGGACUGCUGUCACUUCGUCCUAUAGGCCCAGAUUUCCAAUCCCCUCACGCAAAACUGUUCAGUGAGCGGCACUUCGAUGAACUGGGGCUGAAUGUGGACCUGCUGGGUCCCGUCCCCAACAUGGAGGACCUCAGCCACGGCAGCAAAACUCAGUCUGUCAACGUCAUGGGUGGAGUGUGGGUGGGGUUUGAGAAGCCUGGAUUCAGUGGAGAGCUCUACGUCCUGGAGAGAGGCCUGUAUGCAGGCCCAGAGGACUGGGGAGCCCCGGACUUCAAGAUCUCAUCCAUACAGCCGGUCUUCCAUGACGCCUUGAUGGGAACACCAAAAUUCAAGAUGCAGCUGUAUUCUGAGCCAGACUUCCAGGGAAGGCUGGUGGCUCUGGAGGACAGCGCAGCAGCUCUGGAUGAGGACUUUAUACCCAAGUCCUGUAAGGUGCUGGCUGGCAGCUGGGUGGCAUAUGAAGGAGCUCAGUUCACAGACAACAUGUAUGUGUUGGAGGAGGGGGACUACCCCAACACGGAGGCCAUGGGCUGCCUGUCCUCAGACACUACCAUUCGCUCCAUACAGACCACUGGACACGAGUUGUCUCUGCCCUCCAUCAUCUUGUUCAGUAAGGCGGGCUGUAGAGGACGCAGAGUGCCGAUGACGGGUGGAGCUGUGAACCUGCAGCAGGCCGGCCUGGACACACGCAUCCCCUCCGUGGUGGUGGAGGGGGGAUUGUGGGUGUUGUAUGAAGGCAGUAACUACCGCGGCCGACAGCUGCUUCUCCAGCCAAGUGAAGUGGCUGAUCUGUGGAAGUCUAGUGGCAUGCAGCAUAUAGGAUCGCUACGUCCAUUACUCCAGAAGCAGACGUACGUCCGUCUUCGGAACACAGAGACAGGAAGUGUGAUGUCCCUGACAGGAAGUUUGGAGGACAUCACGCUGAUGAGGGUUCAGGCUGUGGAGGAGACGGGGGGGUUAGAGCAGGUCUGGCUCUAUCGGGACGGGCAGCUCACCUGCAAGCUGGUCGAGGACUGUUGCCUGGAGACCUCGGGCAGUAUGGUGAUGGAGGGCAGCAGGCUUCGAGUGACCGCGGAGCGAGGCAAUGGCAACCACCUGUGGAACAUCACCCCAGAUGGCCGCGUGCACUGCCACCUCAAACCUGACCUGGUCCUGGAGGUCAAAGGUGGUCCUCAGUAUGACAAGAACCAGGUGAUCCUCAACACAUGUGACGAGAGAAAAUGUAACCAGAGGUGGACCGUGGAUAUCCUGUGAUCUCACCAGACUCACCACCUCGCUCUGAACCCUGUGAUGCAGCUCCACUGUGGGACUCACGCCACAGACACAGAGCCAGUCGGGGUGUUUUUAUGCAGACAUCUUUUUUUGUAGUAUUUUGACUCUUGUUUACUCUUGUUGAGGAGGGUAACCACUAACUGGAUCAACAUUAGAACUAUUCUUAUAGUUAAUGAAUGAGCAGUGUAAACAUUAUUGCUCUAUUUCUGCCACUUUAUUUUGAACACUGUACACAAAGACUCCAUGCACCCCUCUGUGUUUCCACUGCUUGUAGUGAGAACUUGCCCUGUUUCAAUGCUGCAUACCUCUUCACUUCACGGUUCUUUUCUACUGCAGGUUCCAAUGUUCCAAUGAACAUAAUGUUGGCAAAUAUGAAUGUAUGGAUAUGUUGACAGCUGCAAUAUGAAGUCCGAUGUGCCUACAAUUAUGUAGAUGUUUUCUUUUAGUUAGAACUGUGGAUAAAAAAUUAUCUAUUGUCAAAUUUGAAUAUCUUUCAAACUUGACGGGUUUAUACAUUUUUACACACACUGUACUUUACUGCAUUAGGUUGUACAUAAGCCUUCAGUGUAUAGAUUUGAAUUUGAAUUUUAAAACAGAACUGCAAUAACAAUGUUGCCCACUGUGGAUUGUAAAUAUUUGAAUGUAUAUGAGAAAACUGUUACACAUGAAAAAAAGAAUGCCAUUUUCUGAUUCUGUCUUUUUUCUAGAAAAUAAAACA